AUGAGUGAAAGAGUCACAUUUGAUGAGCUGUAUCGUCGCUCUACACAAUAUAGAAAAUGGUCAUUCACAAAAGAUGGACUACAGCAAAGAAGAAGAUCAAUUAAUCAAAAAGGUUUAGAUCGAGUUGAAAAAGUAUUGAAUGAAACACCAGAAGUUGAUUCAAGUCAGAUUGAAAGAGUUACAGUGGAUGAAGAACAAAAAUUGAUUUCUUUCCAUUCAAGAAGGAUAAUAAUGCUAGCCAAAUACUUUAAUAUGCCAUCUCAGGUCCGAGCUACUGCUAUUUCAUUUUUAAGAAAGUUUUAUCUUGUGAAUAGUGUAAUGGAAUAUCAUCCAAAAUUAGUUCUUUUGACAUGUUUAUUUUUAGCUGCUAAAUCAGAAAAUUUCUUUAUAAGUAUAGCGUCUUUUUCUAAAAGAAUUCCCAAAACAACACCAGAGUCUAUUUUAUCUUUAGAAUUUGAAAUUUUACAAUCGCUACAAUUCACUUUAUUUGUUCAUCAUCCAUUUAGACCAUUAUAUGGAUUUUUCUUUGAUAUACAAGAAGUUUUGAAAGGUGAAAUAUCUGUUAAAGAAUUGGGUAAAAUUUAUGACGGUGCUAGAAAUUUGAUCAAUGAUGCUUUAAUCUCUGAUGCUGUUUAUUAUUACACCCCACCACAAAUAGCACUAGCAUGUCUAAAACAAAUAGAUGAAGGUGUUACAUUGAAAUAUUUGAGAAAAAAGUUUGGACAAUCUGAUGUUAAAAAGGAAAAGGUAGAAAUUAAAGAAGUUAAAGAAGAGGAUCAAGAAAUGAAAGAUGAAACACCACAAGAAAAAAAGAUUGAAAAUCAUCUUGAACAAUUAAUAAAAGUUAUAACGGAUUGUCAUCAAGUUAUCUCUACAGCACAAGAUCCAACUAAAGAAGAAGCCACAAUAAUUGAUAAAAAAGUCCAAUAUUGUUUGAAUCCAUCAUUAUUAUUGAAAAGAAAGAGAGAAGGUGAAACACCUGAAUCUCAAGAUCCAAAUAAAAGACAAAGGACAGAAUCUGUUGAACCUUCUUCCACCACACCAGCUACGAACUAG